UUUGUCUUGUCUGUCGAUGGUGGAUGCCUGAUGGUCAUCAUUCGCGUAAGAUUUUGGGCCACGGAGGUGUUGUUUGAAAAGCAAAACGCGAGGACAAAGAUUAUCAUCCCCAUCGCACGUUCAGCGCGCAGUGCUCUUCCGUAAUAAAGUUUUACACGAAGACGGUGUUUGUGUAUAGACAAUAAUAAAUAAUUCGCGAUAGUGCUCUCUGUCUGUGCUACGCUCGGAAGAAAAACAAAUUCCAAAACAAGUUGCAUUUUCAAGCUUGGCUGCCCGUGCGAAGUGCGAAGCUCAAACAAAAAGCGGAUAUAGCCGAAACCAAAGCCAAGUCAAAGUCUGCAGCAGGGUUUCUUUGUGUGUUCGUCCGUGGGGAGUUGGUGUGCGCGCAAAGAAGACGAGAUUGCGAAGUUGGAAAAACGGGAAAAACCUUCAGGUGGAAGAAAAAUAUCAGAUUUUUUCUUGUGUUCAGCAGCACCGAGUUCCAAAGUGUGAUUGAAGCACACUUUUGUAUUUUCUAGUUACUCCGUACCGUGACAGAUACGAAAACGUCUAAUCAAAGAUCGAACCGGUUUGGGGGUAACGAAGCCGAGGGCAGCCAAGAGCAGCAGAGCGCGUCUGAGCGGCUUCGUCCCGAAGUGCGGGUAGAGGAGGGUACAUCGAAGAGCACCGGGAGCAAAGACGGCGACGCCACUAGCAGCAGUAGCAGCAUUAAACGUCCCAGCAGUAUGGCGUCCAGUUGUUGUGGGACGAAGAAGCAGAAGCUUAACGGCAACUACUCAAACACCAACGGACAUUGCACCGAUGGAAAUAAUGGACGCGGAGGCUCCAGUGGGAAGGGGCCCAUGGUGAACGGUCACACCAACGGAUACUUGACCAAUGGCCAUGGGAACGCCGGCUGUGACGGCGGUCAAUCUAUGAUUGACUCUAUGCCGGAAAUGUGCUUUUACUGCUUCGAGGUGCUGUAUCGCGAGUUAAAUCAACUGGAGGAACCUCGUACACCGUCCUUCACCAAUGAACCUUUCCCACUAUUUGUCACUUGGAAAAUUGGGAAGGAUAAGCGCCUGCGCGGAUGCAUCGGAACGUUCAGCGCAAUGCGUCUACACUCAGGUCUUCGAGAAUACGCAAUAACAAGUGCUUUAAAGGAUUCGCGCUUCUCGCCAAUCACGCGAGACGAAAUCCAAAGACUGACUGUGUCGGUGUCGAUCCUGCAGGGUUUCGAGGAGGCCCGCGGUUAUCUGGACUGGACGCUCGGCGUGCAUGGCAUCCGGAUAGAGUUCUACAACGAACGCGGCUCGAAACGAACUGCCACCUACCUGCCACAGGUUGCCACCGAGCAAGGAUGGGACCAAACGCAAACGAUCGACUCGCUGCUGCGUAAAGGUGGUUAUCGGGCUGCCAUUACGCCGGAGAUGCGUCGAUCGAUCAAGUUGACGCGCUACACGUCUCAGGAGUGCCACAUGACCUACGGCGAGUACCGUGACCUGCUGGAAAGACAAUCGCAAUACAACCAGUCUGGCAGAGUACAAUGCUAA